AUGGGUUGUGUUAAGAGGAGAAUUUCUACCCCUGCCCCCCCAUUCAAAAUUGGAAGGCUGGCACUUGAAAUUACUUUGUCCUGUUAUCAAGAACAUGAAUAUUGCUGGCAACAUACUGUCAUUAAGUCACUUCAGAAGACAGCUGAAGCAAUCUUGUGCACUCUGUUUGAGUGCUCUGUUAUGGCAAUGGCACACUGUAAGCAUGUUACAGUCAACAUCAAUAAUAUGAAGCUUGUUCUUGGCAUCAGUGCCAAAAUCAGGUUAAACUAUUUUGGCCUGAUUGAUGCACCUGAUUACUCUACUCCUGCUACCACCAUCCAUCACCUGUGUGCUGCCCCUGCCCUGUCAACUACUGCUGCUGCUGCUUCACUAUCACUGCCACUGCCCACCAUCACCUUCCUGCCUCCCUCUGGCACUGUCAGGGUCUCCACCCAUCAAAUAGUGGAUAUUAGAGCCCCUGUCUGGUUCACAAAGCCAGUUCUGGAGAAGCAGGAGAAGAAGGAGGAGGAGAAGAAGAAGAAGAGGGAGAAGAAGGACAAUGAUGAUGAUAAAAAUAAUGACAAUGAUGAUUAA